GUUCACCGUGAAAAAGUGAAGGCAGCGAGUAGCCCUUGGGGGUUGUUUGUGCUCGGAGAGGGACUGGGGAGGGAGUGUGGUGUAUAUCCAGCACUGUGCUUUGUUAAGAUGUCGGUACUUUCACUUUGUUGUUGUAAAAAUAAGCCGAAGGAAGAGCCGAGCCGCUGCCGCCCUGCACGGGCUCACAGGCCGGGCCGGAGCCGCAGCCCUCAGCACGGCGGGGCGGCGCCGGAUGCUGCAUCGGCUUCCGCGGGCGGUAAAGAUGGACGAGCGGCCCGGCCUGAGAGCGGCCGUGCUGGGGGUCGUGCUCGGAGCCGGCGCCUAUUACUGCUACUGCCGGUGGCACAGGGCGAAGGGACGAGCGGGGCGGCGGGGAGAGACUCGUGUGCCGCCCUCAGUGAGGGAAGAAAUUCCUCCAUCACCCCACAGCAUGGAUGCAGAUACUUUACAGAAGCUUAUUCAUUUGCUCAAGGCCACAGAUGAUCCAUUAAUUCAGGAGCAAGCUUUAAUCACUCUCAGUAACAGUGCUGCCUUCUCUGUAAAUCAAGAUAUAAUUCGAAAUCUGGAUGGCCUUUCUGUAAUUGGAGGGAUGCUUUUGGAUUGUACUCCCGCAGUUAAAGAAAAAGCAUUAAAUGCACUUAAUAAUUUGAGUAUGAAUAUUAAAAAUCAGGAAGAGAUACAGGUAUAUAUUACGCAUGUUUGUAAGAACAUUGAAUCAGCUCCUCUGAACUCUGAUCUGCAGCUAGCUGGACUCAGACUGUUGACGAAUAUAUCUGUUACCAAUGACUAUCAUGAUAAGAUGAUAAACCAAAUUCCAUGUUUACUUCAUUUGCUUUCAGAAGGAUCUGAAAGGACACAGAUACAAGUUUUGAAAGUCCUCGUGAAUUUGUCUGCAAACCCAGCUACAACAAGACAUUUUCUUAAAGCGCAAAUGCCAUCACUGCCGUUACUCUUUGACAACUGUAUAAACAGAGAUAUUCUGCUUAGAGCCCUGGUAUUUGCAGCAAACUUGAGAAGGAACAUGAAUAAUGAAGAUAGCAUCAUGACAGAGGAUGAAUACAGUGAAGACUCGGUUUUCAGCAUGCUCUGCAGGGAUUCUAAGACAUUUGCUCAGAAGCUGGCAUCGUUACUGCAUCACCCUGACACAGAUGUGAAAGAGCAAGUUGUGAGAAUAUUAACACAGUAGUAAUUCACUAGUGACUGAAAAAUAUCUAAUCUCAAGAUUAGAUAUAAAAAAACCAAUUCUGAAUAUUGCUGUAGUACUUGGCACAAAUCAAUUGCAAGAGACUCUAUAUUAGAUACUGUGCAGAGUAUAACAGAUUUAUUGUAAAAAGUGAGAUAUGGAACGGGUUACUUAGCACUGAGAAACCACUAUUCAACUGGCAUGUGUAAAUAGAGGGAGGCACAUUUUAAAGCAUGAAAGCUUUACAUGUACAGUGAACAUUUAAAAUUCAUGAAUAAAGCCCAUCUAAAUGUUCUUAAUGCCAGAAUUUUUGUGCCUUUAGAUAUUUACAGCUGUUGAAUAAGCCUCUAUGUAAUAAUGCAUUAAAGAUUCAGCAAUCAGAGCUUAGUUGUUUAUAUUACUCUGAGACCUGUUAAAAAGCUGCAGGCAAAUAUUAGAAAAUCUGAAGAACAGCACCAAACUGUCACCAACUUCCUGCAGAAACAGUAUUGUCAGAAAUACAAAUUAUGUAAUAUAAUCUAUUAAUGAAAAUAAUGCACAUUAAAGUUAUGUAGUCAUGCGUUUCCACCUA